AUGCCACCACGAGCUUCCCUGACCAGCUCUUUUUCCGUCUCCGAUGCCAACAAUGAGGUCGUCUGCCCGUUGACCAACAACGAUGGCUCCAAUUGCCGGAAACGAUGCUUGGGGGAGAAACGCUAUCGCUCCAUGCAGGAGCAUAUCAGAAGAGCCCACCCGAGUCACUACAUCCCGAAGCUCCCUGCCACGGAGGAGAGCUUCCAGCUGAUGGUCAAUACUCCCCUGGACCAGCGGGCUCACCUCAACCCGCCCAAUGCGACCCAGUCGCGCAGACACCAUGAUAUAGCGGAUCGCGAUAUCUACGUUGCGGAUGCAAGCUCUCCCGUAACCCCGCGCGCCAUCGAUGAGGCGCACCCCGCGGCGGCUACCGCGGCCGUCGCGCUGGCGCAAUUGCAUCACCAUCGUUUGGCUUCAGAUUGGGAGUCUGAAAUGGAUAUGCAUUCCGAUAACGAUAUCGGACGGGACCGCAUGCGCACCUCCAUCGAGCUGCCACCAUUGCGCGACCAUUUCAAACAGGAGUCUCUGCCCCCGUUCAAGUCCACUCAGCCGCGGGAGUUGCUGCCCUCGAUCCUGGGACACUCGCCCCCGGGCCGUUCCUCAACGCUGCCGCCCAUUCAACGGAGAGACAAGAUCCAGAGAGCGCGGAAGUCAUCGAUCACGCAGAACGCUCGGAGACCGAAGCACGAGCGCACCAAGUCCAAGGAGUACGGACGGCGCCCGAGUCUCAAUGAUCGCAAAGCGCUUUCUGCAGAGCCGCAAACGGCUGCAUGGGUACAGGGAAAGCGCUGGGAGGAUCUCAUCGAAGCAGCGACGUCUGCUACCGAAGCGGAUGAUGAUGGUGAUCUGACUCCGGUCCCGCAUUCACCCUCUGUGCCUCCAUUGACCAGCGCCACGUCAGCGCCAUCGGGCCUCAAAAAUCGGGCUUCAUUGCCUCCUGCAUUUCAGUCGGCGUCUGGACUACCGCCCCCAUCAUCGCACCGGCCUUUCGCGCCCCUGUCGUACACUGCGUCGCCCCUGCAGAAGGCACACACCCCUCCUCCGUUCGACAUCCACCGUGGUCGUGACCCGGAUCUCGAGCCCUUUCCUUCGAUUGAGUCCUCUAUCGAUUCAGGAUCUUCAGUUUCCGGGAGGAAUUUCCACAUGUCAGGCUCGGGGCUGCCCUCGUCAGCCAACUCAGACUCGAGUCCUGUGCAUUCUUUGAACAUGUUCCCAUCUUCACAGGGAUAUCAAAACCACCAGCGUCCACAGCAUCGCUUGUCAAACCCUACGCCUGCUUCCCACAGAAGCAAAGAAAUUCAGAUCUACUGCGCCAACUGUGCACGCCCGUGGCCGUUGGCGGAGUGUUACGCCUGCACUGAAUGUAUCUGUGGUGUCUGCAGAGAGUGUGUGGGAAUGUUCAUCAGCAGCAGCCCAACUACAUCGAUCUUGAACCCAAUCAACAGUCCAGGGAAUGGCUCCGCUGGAAGCGGGAGCCAUCGCAGCACUCCUGGCCCGACGAGCUUUCCUAACCCGAGAGGCUGUCCACGAUGUCGGACAGUCGGAGGGAAGUGGAAGGCCUUCCAGCUGGACUUCAGGUGA